AUGAUUCAAUUCCCUAACAGAAGCAUGAUACCAUUAUCAAACAGAACCAUGAUACCAUUAUCAAACAGAACCAUGAUUCAAUUCCCUAAUAGAAACAUGAUACCAUUAUCAAACAAAACCUUGAUUCAAUUCCCUAAUAGAAACAUGAUACCAUUAUCAAACAAAACCUUGAUUCAAUUCCCUAACAGAAGCAUGAUACCAUUAUCAAACAGAACCAUGAUUCAAUUCCCUAACAGAAGCAUGAUACCAUUAUCAAACAGAACCAUGAUACCAUUAUCAAACAGAACCAUGAUUCAAUUCCCUAAUAGAAACAUGAUACCAUUAUCAAACAGAACCAUGAUUCAAUUCCCUAAUAGAAACAUGAUACCAUUAUCAAACAAAACCUUGAUUCAAUUCCCUAAUAGAAACAUGAUACCAUUAUCAAACAGAACCAUGAUUCAAUUCCCUAACAGAAGCAUGAUACCAUUAUCAAACAGAACCAUGAUACCAUUAUCAAACAGAACCAUGAUUCAAUUCCCUAAUAGAAACAUGAUACCAUUAUCAAACAAAACCUUG